AGUCAUUUCUUUUACUUGUUGACGUUUGAAUCAACCACACGUGUGUUUUUUGCGCAUCAAAAUAUUAUUUUUAAUAAUUUAAGUUUUCUUUAAAUAUUUCCCUUUAAAAAUCAACCAAAAAUGGGAAGAACAAAUCGUUCACGUAAACGUCGCGAUGAAAUGAAUAAAGUAAAGAAAGCUCGCAAUGCUGCAAAGGAACUCGUCCGUCUAAAGAAAACCUUAGGCCUUCUCGAUGCCGAUGGCAAUGAAAUCAUGAAAGAUGUCGAAGAGGUGGCAACUGUCAAAACAGCCAAAGAAAUUAAAAAAGAAAAACUCGCAAAAGAAUUGCAAGAAAUCGAACAUGAAUUUGAAGAAGAACGCGAAAAGGGUGAAGACAUCACCGUGGUAAACGAGAAAACUGGCAAAAAACACACAUACAACACAAAAACAAUGAGAGACGAACACGGUUCCUACCCACCAUGGUACAAACCAAGGAAAACACCCAGGCGAAUCCGUAAGUUGGAGCACUCACGUAAAAUGCGCUUCCGUCAAGCAUGGACAACAAUUAAUGUUCCCUUGUAAGAUGUUUUAAUGCAUUUUAUU